AUGUUGAGAAGUACCGUAAAGCCAGGCAAUUUGACCUUGAAGAGAAGCACUCAAUUGUUGAGUCGUCGUCUAUAUUCUUCGCACAAAGAAUUAAAGUUUGGUGUUGAAGGUAGAGCUGCCUUGUUAAAGGGUGUUGAAACUCUAGCGGAAGCUGUUUCUGCCACUUUGGGUCCAAAAGGUAGAAACGUUUUGAUUGAGCAACCAUUUGGCGCUCCAAAGAUCACCAAGGAUGGUGUUACUGUUGCUAGAGCCAUUACUUUGGAAGAUAAGUUCGAAAACAUGGGUGCUAAGCUUUUACAAGAAGUUGCUUCCAAGACAAACGAAGCUGCCGGUGACGGUACCACUUCUGCCACUGUCUUAGGUAAGGCCAUUUUCACUGAAUCCGUUAAGAAUGUUGCAGCUGGUUGUAACCCAAUGGAUUUGAGAAGAGGUACUCAAGCUGCUGUCGAAAAAGUAAUUCAAUACUUGUCAGAGAACAAGAAAGAAAUCACCACUUCUGCUGAAAUCGCUCAAGUGGCAACUAUUUCUGCCAACGGGGAUGCUCACGUUGGUAAGUUGUUGGCUUCAGCCAUGGAAAAAGUUGGUAAGGAAGGUGUCAUCACUAUCAGAGAGGGUAGAACCUUGGAAGAUGAAUUGGAAGUCACUGAAGGUAUGAGAUUCGACCGUGGUUUCAUUUCUCCAUACUUUAUUACCGACGCUAAAUCUGGUAAGGUGGAAUUUGAAAAACCUUUGAUCUUAUUGAGUGAAAAGAAGAUCUCCUCAAUCCAGGAUAUCUUGCCUUCUUUGGAAUUGUCAAACCAAACCAGAAGACCAUUGUUGAUCAUCGCCGAAGAUAUUGAUGGCGAAGCUUUGGCUGCUUGUAUUUUGAACAAGUUGAGAGGUCAAGUUCAAGUUUGUGCCGUUAAAGCUCCAGGUUUCGGUGAUAACAGGAAGAACACCUUGGGCGAUAUUGCCAUCUUGUCUGGUGGUACUGUCUUCACUGAAGAAUUGGACCUAAAGCCAGAAAACGCUACCAUCCAACAUUUGGGUUCUUGUGAUUCUGUUUCUAUUACCAAGGAAGAUACCGUUAUCUUGAAUGGUAACGGUCCAAAAGAAAACAUCGAAACCAGAAUUGAACAAAUCAAGAACUCUAUUGACUUGACCACUACCAACUCUUACGAAAAGGAAAAGUUGCAAGAACGUUUAGCUAAGUUGUCCGGCGGUGUUGCCGUCAUUAGAGUCGGUGGUUCUUCCGAAGUCGAAGUCGGCGAAAAGAAGGACCGUUACGAUGACGCUUUGAACGCUACAAGAGCUGCUGUCGAAGAAGGUAUCUUGCCAGGUGGUGGUACUGCUUUGCUAAAGGCUUCUAGAGUCUUGGACGAAGUCGCAACAGAAAACUUUGACCAAAAGUUGGGUGUUGACAUCAUCAGAAAGGCCAUUUCCAGACCAGCUAGAAAGAUCAUCGAGAACGCUGGUGAAGAAGGCUCCGUUAUCGUCGGUAAGAUUAUCGAUGAAUACGGCCAAGACUUUACCAAGGGUUACAAUGCAGCCAAGGGUGAAUACACCGACAUGUUGGCUGCUGGUAUUAUCGAUCCAUUCAAGGUUGUCAGAAGCGGUCUAGUAGACGCUGCUGGUGUUGCUUCUCUAUUGGCUACCACUGAAGUUGCUAUCGUUGAUGCUCCAAAGCCAGCUGGUGCUGCUCCAGCUAUGCCAGGUGGUAUGCCAGGUAUGCCAGGCAUGAUGUAA